AUGUGGGUAGAGUCCUCUAUUCUAAUGGAAGAUCGGCGGAGAAAGCACGGCGGAAGGUCGGCGAAGAGGGAAUCUAAUCAUUUUCUGAAGGUCAUACUUCCCUCUGCUAUUCAUGCUAACCAAACGAGAAUUCCCGAGGAAUUUAUAAAGAGAUUUGGAAAUGAACUAUCAACUGUUGCUACAAUUACUGUUCCUGAUGGUUGUGUUUGGAAAAUGAGGUUGGAGAAAUGUGGUAAAGAUGUUUUCUUCGGCAGCGAAUGGCGAGAGUUUGUAAACUACUAUUCUCUAGGGUAUGGUUCCCACCUAAUUUUCAGAUAUGUCGGGAACUCAAAAUUUCGUGUUCUUAUAUUUGAUAUUACUGCUGCUGAGAUUUGUUAUCCUCGCCAAACUCGGGGCACUAAUGAACCAAACUCGGCGAAUUGGAAGAGGUCCAAGUUUGAGAAUGAGCAGCACGACGGCCAUGAAACAAAAAAGAAAGAGCUUAUGGUGGGGAAUGGGGUAGCAACUGGUGAUGAAGAUGAUGUGAAUUUAAUACGUCCGAGUGGGGCUAAGGUAAGGAAGAGAAAAGGUGAUUUUUCUCAUGGGAAACAAGUCAAAAGUGGAUGCAGAGGAAAUCACUCUUCUUGGGAGAUAGGAAAGCAUGUUGCUACUCCUAGUGAUAGAUUGAUGCCAAGAAACCCUUUUGUUACUUGUACCAUCAAGUCUUCUCGAUUGUAUGUGUCAACUGAAUUUGCUUGCAAGUAUCUGAAGCCAGGUGUUGGUAUGAUGCUCCAAAAUAGUAACGGAGAGCAGUGGAAUGUUUCUUGCUCAUGUCAUAGCCGUAGCAGAGCAUUAAUAAUAUCGAGGGGAUGGGCUAAAUUUAUGAGGGACAACGAUCUAUCAGAAGGAGAUCUAUGCAUGUUGGAGUUGAUGAAGAGGGACCCCAUUGUGCUAAGAUUGACUUUGCAUGGCAAAGCUCAAUUAAUAUUAUGACGUUGACGUUUGAGCAGCACCAAGUAGUUUAAUUUUCAAUAUUAAUAUCAGCUGUUAAUUGGUUGGUGAAUGCUGGGUGAGAAUUUAUUACUAGAUUAUCAUCUUGGUGAUGUAUCAGAACUCUAACCCACCAGAGUACAAACCUUAAUCAAUUAGUAUGUAUGUAUGUGUGUGCAUUCCUUA